AUGUCCGCUGUCACCCGAGCAGUAACAUCCUACUUUGCCAGAUAUUCCCGCAAAGAAUGGACCGAUUACUUUCUCUCCACCCACUUCUGGGGGCCUGUCGCAAACUGGGGAUUACCUCUGGCAGCGAUGUCCGAUCUCCAAAAGAACCCUGACAUGAUAUCUGGAAACAUGACAGUGGCAUUGUGCAUCUACUCUUCAGUUUUUAUGCGAUUCGCCUGGAAGGUACAGCCUCGAAAUCUUCUUCUCUUCGCUUGUCAUUGCACCAACUUCUCUGCUCAAUUGGCUCAACUCAGCCGUUGGUCCAACCACCAUUACCUCCAUAUUGUAGAAGAUCCAUAUGCCAAGAAACCAAAGGCGCUCACUCAAUAA